AAAAAAAAGUAAGCCGUGUGAGGAAGUUGAGGUGGGAAUAGAGCCACACAGGGCGAAGAGGUGUCAGCAGGAAGAGGCGCCACGUGUAUGCUGUUGCUUCUCGCCCUCAGCACUUUCCAGUUAGUUUAGUAGAGACUUGUCUCUCAUGAACCUUCUCUCGCCGUUCCUAAUUCUCCUACAAGCUUCCUUUCCUAAAGAACAUUCGAAACCGAAAACUCAAUUCAAUUCAAGUAUCAUCAAAUGAGGACAUUGCUUUCGCGCUUGAUCCAUUCCACGCCUUCCAUUUCCAGGCUCAAUACAACGGCAGUGUCGGUCAGCGGAAGAAAUCUCUGCACAGAUUCUAAUAAAGUUGAUGAGCCAUUCAAAGUUGAAGAAGCAGAGACUGUAAAUGUGCCCCCACCCCCAACAGAAAAGUUGCUUGUGUUGGGAGGCAAUGGAUUUGUCGGAUCACACAUUUGUAGAGAAGCCUUAGAUCGUGGCUUAUCUGUUGCUAGUCUUAGCAGGUCUGGUAGGUCAUCCCUACAUGAUUCCUGGGCUGGCAAUGUUACUUGGUAUAAAGGGAAUAUCCUUUCAACUGAUUCAUUGAAAGACGCUCUAAAUGGGGUCACUGCUGUUAUUUCGUGUGUUGGUGGUUUUGGCUCCAACUCAUACAUGUACAAAAUUAAUGGGACUGCUAACAUCAAUGCAAUUAGAGCAGCUUCAGAUCAAGGUGUUAAAAGAUUUGUCUAUAUCUCUGCUGCUGACUUUGGUGUAGUAAAUUACUUACUGCAGGGGUAUUAUCAAGGAAAGAAAGCUGCUGAAACAGAGCUCCUGAGCAAAUUUCCAUAUGGAGGAGUAAUUCUAAGGCCAGGAUUUAUUUACGGUACUCGAAGUGUUGGGAGUAUGAAGUUACCCCUUGGUGUAAUUGGAUCUCCAUUGGAGACGGUUCUCCAAGUUGCUAAACCAUUGAACCAGAUCCCACUUAUUGGGCCUCUAUUGACACCUCCUGUCAAUGUUACUGCGGUGGCAAAAGUUGCUGUUAAAGCUGCUACUGAUCCUGUUUUCCCACCGGGGAUCAUAGAUGUCUACGGAAUACAACGUUACAGUCAGCAUAAAUCAAACUAAAAAUUCUCUUUAUCUUGUUCCCUGGGUCAAUCUAAUAUGGAGCGAUUUGCUUCUGAAUAUCUGUUUUCUGAACUGAGAAUAUUUCUCCAUACCAUUUCCAUGGCAGAAUAAAGUCUGAAAGUGCGUGGAUGUAGCCGUAUAUCUAUAUUUUUAAAAUUUUCAACACGCCAUAAAUCUUUGGUUUAUUAUAA